GGAACAGGGGGAGGGCGGAGCUGCGAGCAAGCUAUACCCUCCUACUACCCCUGUUGUUGAGGAAGAGGAUUCAAAAUACUACAACCAGACGGCAGCAGCCACCCUGCUGCCAUGCUCGCCCGUGCUGCCCUCUCCUCUGGUGUGACCAUCCACAAGAUCAGCAAAACAAUCACCCUCUAUUGCAAUGACAAGCCAAUCACCCCAACCCACACCUCUUCGUCUUCAUCAUCCACACCGGCGGAGGAGAGCCCAGGCACCACCACCAGCUCUGGAGCCCAGCAACAACAUCAGCCCAGCAGGCCCCUGCUGCUUCUCCUGCCCUGGCUGGGCUCGCGACCCCAAGCCGUGUCCAAGUACUGCGAGAUCUACUUCCGCACGGGCUUCGACGUGCUGAUGGUGGAGAGCCAGGUGUCCCUGUUCCUGUGGCCGCGCUGGGGCCUGGAGUACGGCGCGCGCCUCCUGGACCUGCUGGAGAGCGACCAGCGCUUCUGCCGCCGGCCCCUGCUGGUCCACGCCUUCUCCAUCGGGGGCUACACCUUCAGCCAGCUGAUGAUGCACAUGGCCCAGGACCGGGAGCGCUACCAGGGGCUGGCGCAGCGCAUCCACGGCCAGAUCUACGACAGCCUGGUCAUCGGCUCCCUGGAACGGAUGGCUGUCGGUUUGGGUAAAAACCUUUUCCCCCGCAUCGAAGGCCUGGUGAGGCGCCUGAGCUUGCUCUACUUCCGCACGUUCAAGCAUCAGACGCUGGACUACUUCGCCACCGCCCUGGACGUCUUCUGGAACAGUCCCGUGACGGCGCCCGCCCUCUUUUACUACUGUGAGAACGACGCACUGGGCGACCCGGACGAAAUGGAGAAAUUGAUCGCCCACUGGAAGUCGAGGGGCGUCACGGUGGAGCACCUCCGUUGGAAGGAGUCCAUCCAUGCGGGACAUCUCCGCGCCCACCCACAGGAGUACCUCUCCUCACUGGACAGCUUCCUACACAGUCUCAGCAUAGUGCCGCUCAAAGCUAAGAUGUGAGCCCGGAAUCGCCCUGUUGUAGAGGGAGAGAACACAAGUAUUUGAGACUAUUUUCUUACACAUUGCACCCAUGAGAUGGUUGGUAUAGUGGGCACCACUUUAUAUGGAAAAAUAAACAGAACAUGGUUCUCUCAGGACAUGCACAAAUACAAGGCUUUUACAGUUUGGCUAACUGGUCUCCAAGAUGUUUACAAACAUUUACAGCUUAUUUCACAUUCAUAUCAAAUGUGGUAAAAGCAUUAAAUGUGAUAAAAGCAUUAAAAAAGAACCCCACUGGACUGUGCAGACUGGCAGUGCAGUGGCAAAAAUAGGUCUGAAUCAUUUCAGCGUUUGAUCAGUGUUUUAUGUAGCUUGUGUUUGAGGCAUAUCUGGGACAUGAAAACAUUCCGAGCCACGCCAUGGCUCAUUACCAUAACGUGAACUGAAGUUGCUUCUCUCCUGAUACUCUUCACACAAGCAAAAAAUGCCACACACCCCCCAAAAUGUGUUUACCACUUAUCAUGCCUUCUCUUCCAUGCAAAAUUGAACAGAAGGGAAAGCAUGACAAGUGCUAUGGAGUCGGUCAAUCUCUUCCACUUGCCUUACCGCCUUUGCCUCUGUUGGUGUGAAUUUACAGUCAUGCUGUAAAAAACUAUUUAUUUCUUGGUUCUCAUCAUGUACCCUAAAGAAUUUUGAACUACAAACUGUUUCACAACUACACUACACCAAGUGUGUUGUCUCGCUGUUCACAUUUCCUUGAAAUCUAGGCAUAACUCUUGGCACACAUACUUUAUUACUUGAAAAAAUGUUUGGACUUGACAAGUCUAUAGAGUUUAGAACACAUAUUUAUGACUUAUACAAAUAUUCUUAUAAUGUUUAAAGUGUGUACACCAUUAAAUUUGUUUAGUAAAAUGGAAUUUGUCCUGG